AUGGAAUUCACCUCUUUUUUAUGUGAAAUCAAUUCCAUUGAAUACCCAACAGUACCACAAGACUUCUAUUUUUCUGAUUUCUUCUCCAUCAUGUUCAGUCUCACCAAAGAAUUGAUCCAAAUUGACUUUUCUUCUUCUACAAUUACUACUCUCAAUGAAGCGUUCUUGGUUCCCUUCGAUGUCCUGCGUAACGGAGAAGACACUGCAUUCUUACAUGAAAUAUUCUCUUCAAUGCCUAUAUCUCCUCAGAUAUUAGACCAAAUUUUACUUUUUAUGGGCAGAACUGCAAGAACAAUUCUAAGCCGUGAAGGGUGUGAGUCCAGCAUGCCAGAGAUUGUUGUGAACCUUUAUGUUGUUGUUAUCCAAGAUUCUGAUUUCUAUAAUGAUGAUGUCCGUCAAGAUGUUCCUGAACUAGUCCGACUUGUGAAUCUGUUGGAGAGAUCCAAAAUUGAUGAGCAAGAUGAUGAUGCUGAACAAUGCAGUAUUUGCUUGGAAGAGUUUGGACAUGGUAUCCAAGAUUCAAGUGUAAAAGUUGUUCGCACAAAGUGCUCGCAUGUGUUCCAUGAAAGCUGCAUGCUCCGUUGGCUGCGGCAUUGUGCCGACCAUCAAUCACCCUAUUUUUGCCCAUUGUGCCGCUGCAUUAUAUUUCCAACUUCGCAGAGAGAUGAAUAG